CCGACUUUCAACUGCUUUUAUCUGAGUUUUGGCAUACAGUAUUUUCCACAGAAUGGAUCAUCUAUACGACCCCAUAAGUCUUCUCUGGCUUUAACUCCACAACUUGUCAGCAAUGGCCAAUCUCUACAAGCUUUUUUUGAUUCCAACACGUCUGUCCCUACGGUUGUUGAGCCUACUAUAUUGGGGCCUCGUUUAUGGCACAGCAUGUAUCACUGGCAUGCUGCUUUUCAUGCGAUUUACCUGGAGAGCUUUCCGAAACCCUUCCAGAAUCUUUCAGUGGACUGUCCGUCAGGAACCGCCCGCUUGUCUCAGGGAUGUCCGGCUUGGAAAACACGGCUUCCUUUGGGGCAGGAGCUCAGGUUUGAGGUUCCACUAUGUCACCCAAGGAGACAACAGAAGGCCUCUCAUGCUUUUCCUCCACGGAUUCCCAGAAAACUGGUACUCAUGGCGCUACCAGUUGUGUGAGUUCAGUGAGCAGUACCACACAGUGGCACUGGACCUGCGAGGCUGUGGAGACUCUGAUGCCCCCUCUCAGUUGAACGACUACACGCUGGAGAAGCUAUUGUACGACAUCAGAGACACAAUCGAUGAGUUGGGUCACACAAGCUGUGUUUUGGUGGGCCAUGACUGGGGAGGAAUGUUAGCCUGGCAUUUUGCCCUGGAGAGGCCAGACAUGGUGCAACGCCUGAUCAUUAUGAACGCGCCCCACCCAGCUGCUUGGCUAGAUGCAGUGCUGCGUCGACCCUCACAGCUACUCCGCUCAGGCCAUGCCUGCUUCUUCCAGUUGCCACUACUACCAGAGAUUGCACUCUCUCUGGAGGACUUCAAAUUGCUGCGUAAUUUGCUGUGUGGUGCCCGCCUCGGUAUCAGAAACAGGGAU